GAGAGAGAGACCUGUAACUGAAGCGCACCAUAAACCUGAGCUCACUGGCAUUUCUCUCCAGUCGGCUUGUGAGGCUGAACUGCAGCGCCGGAUGUAAAAACGUAAUCCUCUGUGAAUGAAAACAUAGCCUGGCUGCAGCCAUGGAGUGCCUCAAAGACUGCUGCAAGAACUUCAUGAGGAAAAAAGAAAAGGAGCAGGAGACCCAAGUGAUCGCUCUGAAGAUGCCUCCUAACAAAGCAUCAGGAUGGGAGCCUGGAGGGAGAAGAGGGUUCACAGAAGAUUAUCUCCUGUCCAAGCUUCCCCCGGACGGCAGAGAGGUGCCGUUUGUCCUGCCGACUUUCAAGGCAUCCUACGUCCAACCCAGAGGCUCCCGCUACCCCAAUUUACAGCCUGGACCGCAGAGUUCGGCCCGGUGCACGUACGCAGAGAGGAAGGCAGAGCUGCUGGGCUCCAGUCCCUUCACCUACAGCCCAGAGUCCAGCUUCCAUCAGGGUCAGCUUGCGGAGUACUUCUCCCCCGGAUCGACCCGCCGUGACACCCUGAAGAAAAGAGUCUCCAGUCCACAAAGUCCAGUUUGGUCUCUGAAGCCGGGCGCCGAGCAGCGACUGAGCAGCUCCAUGUUUGAUCUGUCAAGCCCUCAGAUUCACAUGCAGCGCUUUGACUCCGUCUCCAGCGUCCUCAGCAGCACAUCCUCCAGGAUUGGCUCCAUUGAAAGCAGCCUGGACUCUAUCACCCUGUCCGGGGACGAGCGUGAGCUGGGGAAGGUGUGCGUCCGAUUGAGCUACCAGGAGGCUGUGGAGCAGGUGUGGAUCACUGUGGUGCAGUGUUCAGACCUCAACCUUGUUCCAGAGGGAGUGGAACAACAAAAGAUUGGAUUUAAAGGGAUCAUCACCAUCCCAAAACCCAUACAGUUCAAGAGCUCUGUUAAGGACUAUCGUCAGGAUAUGGCCUUCAUGGAGACCUUCGUGUUUGCGCUGCGUCUCCAGCAGUUGCGCUGCAGUGCUUUGGUGUUGCGGCUGCAGACGCACAUCCCCAAGAAACGUACGGUGGCAGAGUGCGUCCUGUCGCUACGACAGCUCGGUCCUGAGGAGACAGCACACUGGAUCGAGCUCAACCCUCCGUCCAAAUCCUCUGUGUGCCACUCUGAGCUGCAUCUCACCACCUGCUUUCAGCCAGUCAACGGACGAAUCCAGCUGCAGGUCCUCGCCGCCCAAAACCUGCCAGCAUCCUCCUCACCACUCACACAAGCGUUUUUUGUCAAAGUGGAGAUGCACCAGUCGGGGCGGGUGGUGAUGAAGAAGAAGACUCGUGCCCUGAAGGCCUCGGGCAGUCAGUGUAAGUGGGCCGAGACUUAUCACUUCCUCCUGGUUGCGUUAGACGACGUCUGCUCACUGACAGUCAAACUCUACAGCCGUAGCUCGGUCAGGAGGAAACAGUGUCUCGGACAGGUUCAGCUGGGAUUUGACAGUCCGAUCCCAGAGGCAGUGGAGCAGUGGAAGGACACGAUGGCUCACCCAGAGAAAGUGGUGUCUGCAUGGCACAGGCUGAGCUCUGUCUGAACCUCUACUCCGAACAUCUUCACACACACAAUGGACAUGAUGCAGGUCCAGCUGUGCCUCAGACUUUUACUGAGGCGACUCUGACGGACUGGACUUUAAACUAUUGGACGUGCUCUGAACACCCUGAGGGACCAGAUUUCUGACGUUCAGGUGCUCUCUUGUAUAUAGGGGUUUCGAACAAACUGAAAUUCCUGGAAAAGGUCUUUUUCUGUGGUUUUCAAGUAGAUAAUUUUUUUUCUUUAAAAAACUAUAGAACAUUUCCCCAAUAACAAAAAAGUCAGCGCCAUAGCAUUUAGCUGUAUAUAAUGCUGUAUUUUGUAACUCAUCUUUUUAGUGAAAACCUCGUCACUCUGUUUCAGCUGGAUAAAAAGUUUACAAGCAGAGAAAAUCACCAUAAAGCCAAACUCACUGGAUUUAAAACUUCUUGUUAUCAGUUUGUAAUUAAGACCCAUCUUAAAGGAUAAUGCUGCUGAUAGUCUAUUUUUUUUAUUGUCAACAAACCCAUAAAAUGAUCAAAAUCAAUACUACAUAAUUCUAUCUCUGGAUACUUUUAAACUUUCCUACUCUUGUCUCUGGCUAUCAGCUUAAUCCCACUGCUUCUUACUGAAAAUGUUUAAAUCUUUAAACAACGACAGAAUCAACACUUUCAGUCCCAACUCAGCAAAUUUUGAUGCCUUAUAUGACACACUUAUACCCCCUUAGCACCUAUUUAGGACAAGCCAGUUUUCGGUCAUUACAUGCUUAGAGUGUCUUUUCAAAGUAAACCCUCCAAGUUCACAGGAGAAAUGAGUUUCAGCACCAAAAUUAUUUAAGAACUGGGCAACAGAAGUACUUGGUUAGGUUUAGUAAAAGCUCCUGAUUUGGGCUGAAAUGACAUUGACUUUAAUUUCACAUGGUACUCAAAUGUCAGUCUUCUGGGUAAAAGUCCUGUGUUAGUUUGACUUUCUCUCUCUUUAAACUUCAUCAUUGCUGUGGAUGAGUUGACACUAACUUUAGAUUAAAGUGCAUCUCACGCAGAUGCUUAACUCAAAGGUUUUCCUCAACUUUAAUUUAAACACAUAGAAUGUCAUGUUACUGUACAAUAUGGCAGUAUCAAACCUUAGCUGUACGCUUUUGAUAAAAGCACUUUAAUCCUUUUUUAAUGUAUUUAUUGUAUUAAUGUUAAAGUUUAGUGAUUAAAACUUAGGUGCCAUUUGGAAA